AGAGUGGGCGAGAGGGAGAGAUAGAAAAAAUAAGUAGAGAAUCCAAGAUUAAGGAGAAAGCAGGGUGAAAAAAUGAGGAGAGGCAAGGGUAGAGAUGGGUGGUGGAGGCAGCCGGAGACAACAAACUAAGUGUCCUCUGAGCGGGUGAGGGAUUAGACCUACUUCAAAUGAAAAUACUCGGACAGGAACAGGCGUGCAACACAACAGAAGCCGCUACGACAGCGUGCGGUCCCGUUUGGAUCCCCCCGCAGCGCCACCCCGCCACCCCGCCUGCCGUCCGCACCAUGCAGCGAGACGAGCUGUCGGCCCGCCGCGACCCGGAGUUCACCUACACCCACAUGGCUGUCAUGGAGCGGGGCGGUGGCGGCGGAGGAAGCUGUAGCGGGACCCUGGAGAGGCGGAGUGCCGACCGGGGGCGCGAGAGGUCCCACGAGAGGGGCGUGGUCGUGGAACAGGAGCGGCCGGAGCGCGACAGCUACACGGUGGACGUGAGGGCCAGUGACCUGCAGCUGGACGAGGCCAGGACCAUGAGGCACGCCUGCUUCAGCUGCAGGGCCUGGCUGUACAGCGUGCUCAUUGGGGGAAGUCUGCUGAUAGUGUCUGGUUUCUCUCUGUACCUGGGCAAUGUCUUUCCUGUUGCUAUGGAUUACCUGCGUUGCGCUGCAGGCUCUGGCAUCCCUGCAGCCUUUGCUAGUUUUGCCAUUGCCAAAAACAGACAUGUUGCAGUGGCUGAUUUCCAGGUGAUCUACGUAUCCACCUUUGCUGUGACAACCACCUGUCUGGUUUGGUUUGGCUGCAAACUGGUCUUGAGUCCAUCUGCUGUUAAUAUCAACUUCAACCUGGUCCUGAUGAGCUUGCUGGAGGUGUUGAUGGCCUGUACCGUCAUCCUGUCCGCUCGCUCGGCAGAGGACUGCUGCUGCCACAAAAAGCCAGCCACAUUCGACUCGGCCCUGGUGUUCACCCCCGCAGUCUUCCCCACGCGAGUGCUUAAGGCAUACUCGGUCAUUGAGGUGAUUGUGGGAAUCUCGGCUGUAUUCGGAGGCAUCAUCGCUCUCAACAUGGACGCGCUGCAACCCGGCCCCUACCUGUCUGUCACCUUCUUCUGGAUCCUGGUCGCUUGUUUUCCCAGUGCCAUCGCCAGUCACGUUGUGUCUGAAUACCCAAACAAAUGUCUGGUGGAGGCGCUGAUCGCUAUCAGCAGUGUGACGUCCCCCCUGCUCUUCUCCGCCUCUGGCUUUCUGUCCUGCAGCGCUCUCAGCUUCGUUGAGAUCUUCCUGCAGGAAGUGCCCACGUCUAAGCAAUCCUAUGACAUCCUGCUGCUGAUCCUGAUGCUGCUGCUGCUGGUGCAGGCGGUUCUCACGCUGGCCACCGUGGUGCACUGUGCUGCCUACAAGAGCCAGCUGCGCAGAGGGGCUCCCGUGUGGGAGGAGCGUCUCCGCUCUCCAUCCAGGCUCUCCAAGCAAGCGUCCAAUGGAACGAUCCGUGACUUUGACAAAGACAGGGCAUGGAAGUCAGUGGUGGUCCAAAUGGCUCAGUGAACCCUUUUAAAAUGGAAGGAAUGCAGAGAUGGAGAAUAUCCAUGUGUGUGUGUGUGUGACGACAAUUGCACGAACUGCAUGAGAGAAAGAGAGAGAGAGAGAGAGAGAGAGAGAGAGAGAGAGAGAGAGAGAGAGAGAGAGAUGGAUGUGUUCAUUUCAUUUGCGUCCAAUGUGAUGACUAGAAGUAAUUCUUUAUUCCUGUGCUUUUAGAAUGUCGAUGCGUGCAGAAACAGUUGACAUUAAGCAAGGUGCAAAGUCAAAGGGUUAAUGUAAACAGAUUAAUUAAAUACCCUAAUUUGCAUACAAAUUGAAUUUAAUGCACAGUGGCUCCUUAAAACAAGUUUAUAAAGGUCUAGAAUAGAAAAGAACAUAUUGUUCCACACAAUGGGAAACUGCUCGAAGGGGUUAUCAUAAGAAAGAUAUGUACAAAUAUCGAUGACAGAAUCGUUUUACAUAAGGUAUUUUUUAAAAAUGUAAGAAAAAGAUAUAUAAAGCAUUUUGGAUGAUAUGUCAUCGAUAAGCAAUGUCAUCAAAAACGUUGAGCAAUUAUUUAUUUUGCUGUCAGGGUAGAGUUGUUUUUAUUUUAAAGGCCGCAGGCUCUCUGUUCAUGCCAAGUCUACUGUUGACCAACAAUCCUUGGGCGCUGUUUCCCUUGCAUAUAGACAAUAAAUAUAUUUCUAACUUUAAACCUGUAUUGUUUUAUACGUUUAUUCUUU